AUGGUUGUUACGAGUAAUGGAUACAUCGUAGACCUGACAUUAGUGACCAAUCACCCCCUCCUGGAUCCUCCCAACACACAUGAUCAAUAUAUCGGCGUCUACCUAGGUCAGAAAGAUGCAAGCAUCAGAGACAAUAUCACGUUCGACCGCAUUAUCCGGACCAUUGAUACUACACGUCUCCCGAACUUUAUCGGCACAGUAAAUGAAGGUCAACGUAUAAGAAAGCUAAUAUUCGAGCAGUCUAUUCAAACCAAGGCAUUGGGAGCAUUCUACGUAGCUUUAGAAUAUGAAGGAACCACACGUUUGACCUCAACUGUUGUCUUGAUGCACAAUGCGCCAAUCCUGCCUGAACAGACAACGUUGACUGUCCAUGUCGGGGAAACUGUUACAUUCGCUGUUGCCACAAACCUAACGGAAGAUGACCUCCGGUGGCGGUUUAAUUUAGUUGGGAUACAUGGCGGUAAAGGAAAGCAGAGUCUAACUUUGGAGAACGUGCAGCUAAACCAAACUGGGGUAUACAAGUGUUUUGCAACUGGAAAAGGAUGGGAUGCAAAAAAUGCAAUAUUCCUUCUUCAUGUCGUCAGAUGCCCAGCUCAUCGUUGGGGAUCCGAAUGUGAACAUACCUGUAAUGAGUGUCUCAAUGGAGGCAAGUGCGAUGUAGACUCAGGAGAGUGUGUAUGUCCUCCUGGUUUCAACGGGACAACAUGUGAACACGUCCUGGGCAGCAACCGGUUCGGGCAGGAUGGCAGCUUUUCUUGUGAUUCCUCAGGAGAUGAUCACAGUCCAGGGUGUCGGGGUAAACUCUUCUGCCUACCAGACCCCUUUGGAUGUACCUGUGCAGCAGGAUUCAUGGGAAUCAAUUGUACAACAGAAUGUAACCCAGGGACGUAUGGAGCAAAUUGUUUGCAAGAGUGCCACUGCUCUCCACUUAACAUCUGUACCAAGGAUACAGGAGAAUGCAUUGAUGGGACUGCGUGUCAAGAAGGCUGGACUGGUGUCAACUGUCAAGUUCGAACUUCCCCCAUUGAGGAGGUUGAUGGUGAUACACCGAUUCCUGGAACGAAAUCGGCAAGUUCUGGUUUCACUUCUUCAACCAUCCCCAUUGUUGAAGCUACAACUCAAGCUUCUACUAGUGCUACCACUCCUGCCACCCCUACCAUCCCUCCACAGCCUGUUCCUUCUUACGCCAUAUCAAGCUUCAACUACACCAAGGUUAACAAUAACGAACCUAUAACAAUGGUUUGUGUCGUGACAGGAUUACCUCCACCGACCUCUGAAAACAUCAGUGUCUCCAAUACAGCCGGUGCAGAUGAAGGGAUUAUCUUUCUGGGGACCAAUGUCACUGAAUCAACCAGGACAUCCUGGUACGAGGUUACGGUGAGCCUCGAUGAGGCACCUCAGAAUUUCACCUGUCUUUUGCGCAAACCGGACGGGGAAAGUGUCUCGAAAGAUCUGGCCGUCUCUGUUUAUGGUAAGUAA